GAAGAAGAAGAAGAAGCAAAGAACGGCGCAGCUACAAGACAGAUGGAUGUACUGUAUAUAUAUUUUUUUAAAAGGAGUAGAGUGAAGAGCAGACAAGAUGGCUCAGCUUCUACAGCUUAGUCUUUUUUUAUUUAUUUUGUCUGAGGAAGAUAAUAGAAAGAAAGAAAAAGGGGUUAACAGCUUGUGUUCAAUGAGUGAGAAUGCAACACCAAAAAGGAGGCACAACAUUCUCCCAUGCGCUACUGAGCUACUGAAUAAGCACAAAAAAAUAUUCGUUCAACUGCCAAGGGGGGUUAGACAAGUCAGAAACAAGUCAUCAGUUUUGGGGAUGAACUUGAAUGGGAUGGAAUGAUGGAAUGAAAUAAUCCAAUGGGAUUGAAAGGAAAGAUCUGGAUCCGAAUAAACGAAAAC